UUCAAUAUAUUAGCCACUGUUUUGGUAGUAAUUAUUAAGUUUAGAAUGAAAUAUAAAUAGUAAAUAGGAUUUUAAACAGUGAUUUCGUCGAAGUAGUGUUUCUUUUGAUGAAAUAAACCGUCGCCGUGUGUUAAGAGGAAGGAUGUGAACCAGGACGUUAAAAUAAACACUUUUAAUGGUGAAAAACGUUUUUCAACAGUUCUAGAAACAGAAAAUGCCUAUGCACUUUCUAUAAAAAUUGUUAACUUGACCAUUGCUAGGUGCUCAAAAUUGCGGAUUUUGUUGGUUUGUUCUGGCAGCAACUAUUACAAUUCAAACGGAACAGAAGUUUAUAUAUUGACGGGAAAUUCGAAGGUCUGUUUCUUUAAACUUGGGGCCACUUUGGUUAAAAAUGACAGAUUACUUAUUUUCGGUCAAAAAGCUGGUCGAUCGUCUGAAUCAACAGUCAUCAGAAAACUAUUCAAGAAAGAAAUCUAAGAUUAAAAUCCCCUUGUAUGACGUUUCGGGCACGUGCAUAUCCGUAAAUGAAACGGAAGUACGAUUCCGGAACAAGAACAGGGACAAUGAAAUAGGUAGCAAACGCAAGAAACGGAGGCCUAAAACAGAAAUUUCAGAUCCGAACACUCGUCGCCAGUCUUUGUAUCAGGUUAUUAAACUGAAUAAAGAGAAAUUAUCAGGAAAACAUGGCGGAGAGAGUUAUUUAAAGUCACCGGCAACGACAGCGUCUAAUUCUCCAGCGUCUUCGCCUUUAAAUUCGCCUUUAAACAACAAAAAUAAAACAGUAUUUGAGUUCAAUAUAUAUAAUACAAGUGAUGAUGAAAAGAGGGACAGUGAUUCAGCUACGUGUGCUAGAUAUAGAGAACAGAAAUAUCCGUGCGAGGACAAACACAGUGCAUUGUUACUGAGCCCUAAUAUUUCAAUUGGAACCAAACCAAACUCUCCAAACAGAUUACAUUUAGAGAAGUGCAACUCAUCAAGCAGCGAUAAAUCUGUCAUUCCUGAAGCUGAUCUUAGAUCUCCUUCACCCUACGACACAGUUUUUCAAGAAUGGGAUAGUCCAAACUGCAGCCGAAAAAACAGUGAAGCAUCCCGCCAAAGAUUGUCAGUAUCUAAAAGUAUGCCGCUUUCCCCGCCUAUACCAAAUGCAGAAAGAUCCGCUCAGCAAUUUUGUAACUUUCAGUUAAAGCUCGACACAUUAAGAGCAGAGCUGCUUGCCAUGAGGAAGGCGGACCAAGAACUCGCAAAAAAGCUUCUGAGCUUGUACUCUGAAAUCCAAAUUCUAAAAGUGAAGAAUUCCUGUAUGAACUACAGCGAACUAAUUGACGAGGCGGUGUACGAGGCGGAAAUGGCGGACGAUUUUCCGGACAUGUGUGAUGCGCCCCGGAAGUUCACGAACAAGUUACUAACCAGCCAUGGCGUUACGAGUUUUAACAUUCAUUCUAGACGAUUUUCUUGUAGUUAAAAAUAGAUUUGUAAUUUAACAGUUUGAUUGAUAUAAUAAGCAUU